ACGCCGCAUUGGUUAUGCUAUCUUGUUUAUCUACAUUCGACACAAACGACUGAACUUGACUAGUCAUCCUCUUCUUCAGUUCUUCUUCUCUGCUUCUCCGAAUACAGCUCUGUCGCCAUGAACAAUCUGUUGGGACUUGAGCUUUCCAUUUCCACAACCCACCACUCCAUCUUCUUCAACACUUCAACCUCCUUUGACUUCUUCCCAACAUUCAGUGAAAUCCUUUCCCCAACUACCCUUAUCCCUCCCAUAUCCUCUGCCCCUCUCACUUCCAACCACAAAAGAAACACGAGAGCAAUUCAAUGCUCCAAAACCCAUGCUGCCCACUCAAGCCCCACUAUCAGUCCUCAUGUUGAAAUGGAGGAGCAAGUAGAGGUUGAAGUUGCUGAAGGGUACACCAUCACUCAAUUUUGUGAUAAGAUAAUUGAUAUUUUCUUGAAUGAGAAGCCUAGGGUAAAGGAAUGGAGGAGGUAUCUGGUGUUUAGGGAGGAGUGGAAUAAAUAUAGAGAUUGCUUUUAUAAUAGGUGUAGGAAUCGGGCCGAUGCGGAGAGUGAUGUAACUAUGAAGGAAAAAUUGGUUUCUAUGGGAAGAAAGGUGAAGAAGAUUGAUGAUGAAAUGGAAAGACAUAGUGAACUUCUCAAGGAGAUACAGGAUAACCCAACCGACGUCAAUGCAAUAGUUGCACGGAGGCGUAAAGACUUCACAGAGGAAUUCUUUCGACACCUCAACCUACUUUCCGAAGUUUAUGAUGGUUUGGAAGAUCGUGAUGCAAUGGCUCGGCUUGGGGCUAGAUGCUUGUCUGCUGUCAGUGCUUAUGAUAACACAUUAGAAUAUGUGGACACAUUAGAUACAGCCCAGGCCAAAUUCGAUGAUAUCCUAAAUUCACCUUCAAUCGAUGUAGCUUGUGAGAAAAUUAAAAGCCUUGCCAAGGCAAAGGAACUGGAUUCUUCAUUGGUAUUAUUGAUAAACAGUGCUUGGGCUUCAGCAAAGGAGUCCACAACGAUGAAAAAUGAGGUCAAAGAAAUAAUGUAUCGUUUGUACAAAGCCACAAAAAGCAGUCUUCGGAGCAUUGUACCGAAAGAAAUAAAGCUGCUCAAACAUUUGCUGAACAUAACAGAUCCUGAAGAGCGAUUCUCAGCACUGGCAACAGCUUUCUGCCCUGGUGAUGAUAAUGAAGCCAAGGACCCCAAAGCUGUGUACAGUACUCCCAAAGAGCUUCACAAGUGGAUUAAGAUCAUGCUCGAUGCAUACCAUCUAAACGCAGAAGAAACUGACCUUAGGGAAGCCAGGCAGAUGACUCAGCCUGUGGUUAUACAAAGGCUGUUCAUCCUCAAGGAAACUAUUGAGGAGGAAUAUUUGGAAAAAAGCACAUCUCCAGAGUCUCAAACAGAGGAAACUAAAUCAGAGGAGUUCUGAAGUACCGCCCAUUUUUAUUAACAGAUUUAUCUCCCGGUGUCUCGUGUUGGUGCAGAAUAUAGAUCCUAGUUUUGCAAUUAAGCUGUGUUGUGAACUGUGGCAUCAUGCCUCUUUCAGCUUCUAAUGUUGACUCUGUGUUGAUCCAAUUAUCAUUAUAGGAAGUAGAAGUACCAUUAGUGCCAUUUUUGUAAUGAGGGCACAUGUACUUGUUGGUUGCAUUUGUCUCAAGGGAGAUGUUGUUGAUGGCUAGAAUUAGUUAAUACCUGGCUGAAUUAUGUAAUUUUAUCUUUAAAUAUAUUUUCACAAAUAUAUAUUGAAAAGCUUUAUGUUUGUUGACAUUA